AUGGCCACCAAUGCAUCUGGGUUGUUUACUACUCCUACAGUUCCAAGCGUGAGGGGGAAGAUUAAGCCUUCAAUACGUAUUUUUGGAUCUGGGUUUCGCUCCCCUGAUGGAAUCUCCAAGAGGGUAUUCUGCUCCAGUACCUUUGAAGGCGCAGAGAAACACGUUGGAGCUUCCCCUUCUGAAUCUAGAGCACCCAGGCUUGUUAGUAAAGGCUGCAAGUUAAUUGGAUGUGGCUCGGCGGUACCCUCUCUUAAGAUUUCAAAUGAUGAUCUUGCAAAAGUAGUAGACACUAACGAUGAAUGGAUAUCUGUUCGCACUGGCAUUCGUAAUCGACGAAUUCUUUCAGGCAAAGAGAGCCUGACAACGUUAGCAGUAGAGGCAGCACUUAAAGCUCUUGAGAUGGCUGAAGUUGAUGUUGAUGAUGUGGACCUAAUCUUGAUGUGCACAUCUUCACCUGAUGAUCUUUUUGGCAGUGCUCCUCAGGUUCAGAAAGCACUUGGCUGCAAAAGGAACCCUUUGGCUUAUGAUAUUACAGCUGCCUGUAGCGGAUUUGUUAUGGGUCUAGUAUCAGCUGCUUGUCACAUUAGGGGAGGUGGAUUCAAAAAUGUUCUAGUUAUUGGAGCUGAUGCUCUUUCUCGGUUUGUUGACUGGACCGAUAGAGGAACGUGUAUUCUUUUUGGGGAUGCUGCUGGUGCUGUAUUAGUACAGGCCUGCGAUAGUGAGGAUGAUUCUUUGCUUGCUUUUGAUUUGCAUAGUGAUGGUGACGGAAACAGACAUCUAAAUGCUGCCUUCAAAGAAAGUGAAACAGAUGAGUUGGGUUCUAAUGGUUCAGUCUUAGGUUUCCCUCCAAGACGCGCCUCAUUUUCCUGCCUUCAAAUGAAUGGCAAAGAGGUCUUUCGCUUUGCUGUGCGCGUUGUGCCACAGUCAAUUGAGGCUGCCCUUGCCAAGGCUGGUGUCCCGGCAUCUAGCAUUGAUUGGUUACUGCUCCAUCAGGCAAACCAGAGGAUCCUUGAUGGAGUUUCUUCUCGCAUGCAAAUCCCAUCAGAACAGGUGAUUUCAAAUCUGGCAAACUAUGGUAAUACAAGCGCUGCUUCGAUUCCUUUGGCAUUGGAUGAAGCUGUGAGAAGCGGGAAGGUGAAACCAGGCCAUACGAUUGCAGCUGCCGGCUUUGGAGCAGGUCUGACUUGGGGUUCUACUAUUUUCAGAUGGGGUUGA